UCAUGAUGGGCAGAUAGUGGUAUUUUAAGGAUGUAAAAAAAAUCUUAAGUGUAGUUAGUCCAACGGUGACAAUAUUGUGAUCUACUUUGUUAUUGCUUCAUUAUAUAUUCUUGAUCAGAAUGUUGGAUGGAUAUUAAAAUUAACCUGUUCUCAUAAAUUGUGAUUUGAUAGCUUUCAGAGCAUUAAGUUAUUUAUUCAGGGAUAGCUUCAUCACUGAAUGACAUUGAAUCUGUUUAUGGAAAUUACUGAGAAAAGCAGAGUUCCACUUCCCCAGGCACAUAUUGUAGGAUGGUGUUUUGAUUGUUAAAUGAUUCCCGUGCUGUGGAGCACUAGAACAAUUGCAGUGUUGAUGAAUCAUGAACAUGACAUGUAUAAUUGAAACUUAUGAUACAUUAUAGCAGUUGUGCAAAUGAGAAUAACAUUUGGGAAUCUUCCAAGAAACAUUGAUAUAGUAAAAAAAAAAUAAAAAAAAUAUCAUAUUUUCUUUUUAGAAAAUCUUAAUUUGUUUCAUCGUUUGUUUAUUGCUCUUAUGUGAUGUUCAGCCCUGCAGCAUCAUGGCCUGAAGUCUGCCAGCACGAUUUGGGUUAUUUAGGCACACUGCUCAAGGGAAUCAAUACAUGAGGCUAUCCCAUAAUGCCACUUGCUGUAUCACACUUCUGAAACUAUACCUACAUGAUGGCUUUCAAUGCACAUGAUUGGAUAUUGAUCAUUUUUAUGACAUCAACUUAACAGAGUGAUACAAGUUACUUGGAUAAUACAUUUUUUAUGGAAAUACAUAUAGCAAAUUAGUAACACUUCAAUUAAGAUGUUUGUAAUAGCUAGCUUUGCAUGCAUUUACCAAAUGCAGCUUUGUUCUAUGGUAUUGCUUUUCGUAAAUGGGAGACCUACCAGUUCGUGCCAGACUGAUUUGUGUUCAGUGGAUGUUAAAUAGAAUGUGAAUUGGAAUGACGAUUGAAUGUCUUUAAUAUAGCUGUCAUUCAAAAGCCAUUGGAUGAUGGAGGAUGAACGAAAAUUGCGUAAACCUUUAUCGUCUGCUUCAGCAAUAAUGCACAGACAUGACAAGAAACAUAAAAAGUGGUUUCGCAAUCUUUUGCAUGGAGAUACAUCCUCCAAGCAUAGUCAAAAAGAGGAACAUGCUAGAGGUAGAGUGUAUGGAGACAUGUCUGAUAGGGCAGUGAGUAAAUCCCUAGAGAAUGUUGGACAGUUAAGCUUGAGACUUUUUGGUUUACCCAGCAAGCGAGCGUCCUCAGAGUCUUAUCUGAAUGGUGAUGAUGACAACCAGUCAGUGACGAGUGCCUCCAGCUGUGACAGUGACUCAGCCAACUUCUUUCUAGGGGAGCCCAGUCCUGCCCAGUCUGGGGGCCCCUUGAAUCAGCACAAUGUCACCCCUCUGCCUUCAGCCUGCUCCUCUGACAACGACCUGUCUGAGACCGAGUCUGUAAAUCUGGCGCCAGCUCAGGGAACAAUCAGCGAGCCUGACCAGUCAGGUGAUUCCUAUUUCCCCAACUGGUUCAGCUACCUGCCGUUUAGUGUUGGCUACAAUCUCAGCAGCUCCACCGACUCUCUCAACUCCCAAAGUGAAGAGAGAUGCGCCCUUACACAUCUACUUACAAUGUCUGACUCUGAUCAGGAGUCUUCUGGCCCUUCUAACCGCCAUGUGUUGAUGCAGCACCCGUUCCACCAGCUGGAGGUAUGUCUACAGGAGGGCAAGGACCUUGUCAUAAGAGACAGCUGUGGAACAAGUGACCCUUAUGUGAAAUUUAAGUGUGGAAAUAAACAAUUGUACAAAAGUCGGACAGUUCAUAAGAAUUUGAACCCACGUUGGGAUGAGCGGUUUGUGGUGUCAGUUGAGGAUGUUUUUAAGCCCAUUUUGGUAAAGGUGUACGACUAUGACCGGGGAACAUCAGAUGACUCAAUGGGAUCUGCGGAACUCCUGCUGGAAAACAUUCCACCCAAUGAGCCAACGGAUGUGGAGCUGCGUUUGGCUGAAAAAGGCAAAGAGGAGUACAUGGGCGUGGUACGGCUACAGGUCACCCUGAUACCCAAGUCUCAUGAGGAUAGAGAGCAGUAUUUCCGUAAGACUGUGAAGAUGACAGAGAAGGAGUCGAUGGCACGGAAGUUGAAGAUGCAGAUGUGGACAAAUGUCGUCACCGUUAUACUUGUGGAGGGCCGAGACCUCAUCCCUAUGGACGACAAUGGUCUCUCAGAUCCCUACGUGAAGUUCAAACUUGGCAACGAAAAGUACAAGAGCAAGCACAAAUACAAGACAUUAUGUCCUCGAUGGUUGGAGCAGUUUGAUCUGCGAAUGUACCAGGGUCAGACGAGCCACCUGGAGAUGAUCGUGUAUGACCAUGAUGUGGGACGGGACGAUUUUAUGGGCAGGGCGGUGAUCGACUUGUCACGACUUGAGAGGGAGUUGACCCACAUGGUGGAACAGCCUCUGGAGGAUGGGGCUGGGAUGCUCAAACUACUCAUCACCAUCAGCGGCACAUGCGCAGAUGAGUCCAUCUCGGACCUCACCGCGUACUCCUUCAACCCCCUGGAGAGGAUGGAGGUCAUCCAGAGAUACGGUGUAAUGAAGUCUUUCAAGAACUUUCGUGAUGUUGGAUGGCUGCAAGUUAAAGUGUACAAGGCGCAGGACCUGAUGUCAGCAGACCUGGGGGGGAAGAGUGACCCGUUCUGCGUCCUGGAGUUAGUCAAUACACGCCUACAGACCCACACCGAGUACAAGACACUCAACCCAGAGUGGAACAAAAUCUUCACCUUCCAUGUGAAAGAUAUCCACUCGGUACUUGAGAUGACAAUUUACGAUGAGGACCGCGACAAAAAGGUGGAGUUCCUUGGAAGGGUGGCCAUUCCUCUUCUCAGGAUUCGACCUGGAGAAAAGAGAUGGUAUGCCUUAAAGGACAAGAAACUCAUCCAUCGAACAAAAGGCUCAAUACUCCUAGAACUAGACUUCAUAUAUAACCAUAUCAAAGCAGCAGUCCGAACUGUGAAUCCUAAAGAAGAAAAAUAUAUGCAACCUGAACCAAAGUUCAAAAUAUCUGUGAUGAAAAGGAACAUAGACCGAGUGACGUCCAUUAUAUCAACCUUCAUAGACACAGGGAAGUUCGUGAACAGCUGUUUCAACUGGGAUUCCCCUGUCCGCAGCAUCACCGCUUUCAUCGUGUUUCUGGUGAUGGUGUGGAACUUUGAGUCAUACAUGUUGCCCCUCACACUCCUGGUGCUGCUGUUGAAGAACGUGCUGCUCACAUCCAUCGUGACCACCUAUAGCCGCGACCCAGACAUCGCGGCAUAUGAAGAUGAUGAUGAUGACUUUGAUGGUGAAGAUGAUGCAGAAAAGGAGGAGAAAAAGAGUUUCAAGGAGAAGUUACAGGCGGCCCAGGAGAUCUGUCUGCAGGUACAGGAGGGGCUUGACGUUGUUGCCUCACUUGGGGAACGCGUGAAAAACACCUUUACUUGGUCUGUGCCGUGGUUGACGUCGCUGGCUGUGAUAGCGCUGUCUCUGGGCGUGAUUAUCCUUUACUUUGUGCCCAUCCGAUAUCUCAUCCUUGCCUGGGGCAUUAACAAGUUCACGAAGAAGCUUCGAGCCCCAAACGCCAUUCCAAACAAUGAGGUCCUGGACUUCCUGUCACGGAUCCCCUCGGACAGGGAACUGAUUGAGUACAAGGAGCUUCGCCCGGACAUCAACACAAUCCCAGGCCGCAAGAAGACCAGAUAGUCCCUGCCCAGAUCUCCAUCUCUCCAUCCCUUGCUUCCUGGUCCCUGCUCAACCAAGAUCUCCACACUCUCUUAUGCAACACAAUCGCUUCCUAGCCCAAACUUUAGUCAUUUACCUAAGCUGUUGACAGUUUGGUAUUUAGAAGAUGUAUUUUCGUUGCCAUUUUGAAGUAGAUUGCUGUUGAUGGAGGAAUUUUUUUUGUAUAAUAUGGAUAUGUUUGUGAAUAGAAAUAAGUUUAACACUUUUUACUGCAUCUAUAUGAAACUCUAUUGGAAAUCAAAGUCACUUUGUAAAACAUUCAGGACACGUUAUGUUUGUAUUAAUUAUGUUCUGGUUGUGAGGUUUAAAAUGGUAAAUAGUUAUGUAUAUUUAUUUAGAAACCUUGUUAAGUAAUCCAAGAGACAGAUUCCUUUCAAACAAAAUAUGUGUUAUUGUUACCUUUGUAAAUGAGGAAGGGCUAAUUCUUGUUUAUUUUUUAGUUUACAAAAGAUGUGUUAAGUAAGUUUAUGCCAUUUUAUUUUGGAUGGGAGUCCUCAAGUUCAAGUGAUAUCACUAGUUGGUCACUUGUCCUUUUAAAAUUGAUCCAAUAGUUUUGUGAAAACCAAAUAAGAAAACACAGUGGCCUUAGUUGUCCUUCAGUCCAAUUUUAGUUCUAGAUGUAAAUGGUCAAUUUUCCCAUUUACUUGUCUUGAGAAGUUUCAAUAAUUUAAAAGACGAUACAUAGUCUAGUAAAGUAUGCCUUAUGUUAUUAUACAGUGAGAAGACUCUGCUUUCUUUAAAUACAAAAUAGAAGGACAUGUAUCAUGUACAAUAUGUAAAAUGAAUAUAAUGUAUAUAUCUGGAAUAUAAAUGUUUUAUAGUGUAAAAUAUUGUUAAAGGUGGCAACAUGCUGUUAGCUUUGAUAACGUAUUCAAAACCUUUAUGUACCUGUACUUCUUUAAUUUGACUAGAGUAUUCUUUAAAUGCAUUUGAUAUGAUCAGAUUUAAGGAUAACUUAAUAAUAUUAUUGUACAAUAUUAAUGAUGAUUUCAUACAUUGGAGGCAUAUCAUUUUAUACUUGUCAAUGCAUUGGUUUAGCUUUGAAGUACAUUUAAUUAAAUUUUUAGAUGCAAAUAUUGUUAUUUAUUCUGUUACAUCUGACAACUGUUGUGUGUGGUGUUUUACAAUGUGUAUAUAGGUAGUCCUGUUUUAUUCUGCCUUGGGAGGAUGCACCAUACCAUCCCAUCUAUUCUGUUAUACAGAGAAGUACCUGUAGUUUUACAUAGAAGGGACCAUUUUCUCGCACAUACCAUUUAUAUCCUGAAUGCCUGUGAUAUGUUCAGUUCAUUCAUCACUUAUCCAAUUGUUACAGAUUCAUUCUGUUGUCAAUGAUGUUUAGUAACUCAAAUAGUCUAAGAAUGUCUAAUCUUGGUUUUAUGAUGUCUUUUUGAUGAUCUGAAUGACACAAUGAAUCAAUGUGAUACUAUUUUAUUCCCCCAGUGACAGUCUGUUGACUUUUCUAAACAAACUUAGAAUCAGGAUCGCUGUCACAAAUUAAAUGCCUUAUUAAAUAUUAACAUAUGUAAUGCAUUCAAAGUUGUUUAUGAAGAAGGAAUAUGAUUUUUUUCUAUUAGUUAUAAUUAAUACUGAACUAUUCUUGCUAAAACAAUGUGCUUUUUAUGGAGUAGAAUCUCACUACAGUAUGGCAUGAUUGUCUUUAUCAUUGUACAUAUUUAAACAUUCUUACGCAAGAAUUUCAAAGCUACACCUGUCUCCUUGGAAAUUAUGGGUCCAGUAUUCUUAUAAUAUUAGUGUGACACAUGUCCUAUUGGAAACUAAGGGUCUAGUGUUCAUCGAUUAUCAGUAUGAUACCUGUCUCCUUGGAAACUAUGGGUCUAGUGUUCAUCGAUUAUCAGUGUGAUACCUGUCUCCUUGGAAACUAUAGGUCUAGUGUUUAUCAAUUAUCAGUGUGAUACCUGUCUCCUUGGAAACUAUGGGUCAAGUGCUCAUCAAAUAUCAGUGUGAUACCUGUCUCCUUGGAAACUAUGGGUCAAGUGUUCAUCAAAUAUCAGUGUGAUACAGUCUCCUUGGAAACUAUGGGUCCAGUGUUCUUUUGAUAUCAGUGUGACACCAGUCUCCCUGGAAACCAUGGGUUCAGUGUUCCUCUGAUAUCAGUGUGACACCAGUCUCCCUGGAAACCAUGGGUUCAGUGUUCCUCUGAUAUCUGUGUGUCACCAGUCUCCCUGGGAACCAUGGGUCCAGUGUUCCUCUGAUAUCAGUGUGACACCAGUCUCCCUGGAAACCAUAGGUCCAGUGUUCCUCUGAUAUCAGUGUGUCACCAGUCUCCCUGGGAACCAUGGGUCCAGUGUUCCUCUGAUAUCAGUGUGACACCAGUCUCCCUGGAAACCAUGGGUUCAGUGUUCCUCUGAUAUCAGUGUGACACCAGUCUCCCUGGAAACCAUGGGUUCAGUGUUCCUCUGAUAUCUGUGUGUCACCAGUCUCCCUGGGAACCAUGGGUUCAGUGUUCCUCUGAUAUCUCUGAUAUCAGUGUGUCGCCAGUCUCCCUGGGAACCAUGGAUCCAGUGUUCCUCUGAUAUCUGUGUGACACCAGUCUCCCUGGAAACCAUAGGUCAAGUGUUCCUCUGAUAUCAGAGUGUUUCCAGUCUCCCUGGGAACCAUGGGUCCAGUGUUCCUCUGAUAUCAGUGUGACACCAGUCUCCCUGGAAACCAUGGGUCCAGUGUUCCUCUGAUAUCAGUGUGACACCAGUCUCCAUGGAAACCAUGGGUUCAGUGUUCCUCUGAUAUCAGUGUGAGGCCUGUCUCCCUGGAAACCAUGGGUCCAGAGCUCCUCUGAUAUCAGUGUUACAACUGUCUCCCAGGAAACCAUAGGUCCAGUGUUCCUCUGAUGUUACAUGUAUUUCAUUUUGUUUUCACCGGACUUGUUUAGAUAGUAUGGCCAUGUUAUGUUGUCUUCCAUGUGUCCAUUAUGUUAUGUACUAUCAUUCUUCCAUGCGUCCAUUAUGUUAUGUACUACAUUAUGUUAGUCUAUCAUUCUACAUCUCAACUUACAUGUAACUCUCAUUUAGUGGCGUUGUGCCUUAUUUUUUAGCUCACCUGUCACGUAGUGACAAGGUGAGCUUUUGUGAUCACUCUUCGUCCGUCGUCCGUCCGUCCGUCCGUCCGUCCGUCCGUCCGUCCGUCCGUCCGUCCGUUCACAAUUGCUUGUGAACACAAUAGAGGUCACAAUUUUGACCUAAUCUUUAUGAAACUUGGUCAGACUGAUCAUCUCUAUAAAAUCUAGGUCAAGUUCGAUAUUGGGUCAUCUGGGGUCAAAAACUAGGUCAGUAGGUCAAUUAGUAGAAAAACCUUGUGAGCACAAUAGAGGUCACAAUUUUAGCCUAAUCUCAAUGCAACUUGGUCAGAAUGGUCAUCUCUAUAAAAUCUAGGUCAAGUUCGAUAUUGGGUCAUCCGCGGUCAAUAAUUAGGUCACUAGGUCAAUUAGUAGAAAAACCUUGUGAACACAACAGAGGUCACAAUUUUAGCCUAAUCUCAAUGCAACUUGGUCAGAAUGAUCAUCUCUAUAAAAUGUAGGUCAAGUUCGAUAUUGGGUCAUCCGCGGUCAACAACUAGGUCACUAGGUCAAUUAGUACAAAAACCUUGUGAACACAAUAGAGGUCACAAUUUUAGCCUAAUCUCAAUGCAACUUGGUCAGAAUAAUCAUCUCUAUAAAAUCUAGGUCAAGUUCGAUAUUGGGUCAUCCGCAGUCAAUAACUAGGUCACUAGGUCAAUUAUUAGAAAAACCUUGUGAACACAACAGAGGUCACAAUUUUGACCUAAUCUUUAUGAAACUUGGUCAGACUGAUCAUCUCUAUGAAAUCUAGGUCAAGUUCGAUAUUGGGUCAUCUGGGGUCAAAAACUAGGUCAGUAGGUCAAUUAGUAGAAAUACCUUGUGAACACAUUAGAGGUCACAAUUUUAGCCUAAUCUCAAUGCAACUUGGUCAGAAUGAUCAUCUCUAUAAAAUCUAGGUCAAGUUCGAUAUUGGGUCAUCCGCGGUCAAUAACUAGGUCACUAGGUCAAUUAGUAGAAAAACCUUGUGAACACAAUAGAGGUCACAAUUUUAGCCUAAUCUCAAUGCAAAUUGGUCAGAAUGAUCAUCACUGUAAAAUGUAGGUCAAGUUCGAUAUUGGGUCAUCUGCGGUCAAUAACUAGGUCACUAGGUCAAUUAGUACAAAAACCUUGUGAACACAAUAGAGGUCACAAUUUUAGCCUAAUCUCAAUGCAACUUGGUCAGAAUGAUCAUCUCUAUAAAAUGUAGGUCAAGUUCGAUAUUGGGUCAUCCGCGGUCAAUAACUAGGUCACUAGGUCAAUUAGUACAAAAACCUUGUGAACACAAUAGAGGUCACAAUUUUAGGCUAAUCUUAAUGCAACUUGGUCAGAAUGAUCAUCUCUAUAAAAUCUGGGUCAAGUUCGAUAUUGGGUCAUACGCAGUCAAUAACUAGGUCACUAGGUCAAUUAUUAGAAAAACCUUGUGAACAAAAUAGAGGUCACAAUUUUAGCCUUAUCUUAAUGAAACUUGGUCAGAAUGAUCAUCUUAACAUAAGCUAGGUCAAGUUCCAUAUUGGGUCAACCCAGGUCAAAAACUAGGUCACUAGGUCAAUUAGUAGAAAAACCUUGUGAACACAAUAGAGGUCACAAUUUUAGCCUAAUCUCAAUGCAACUUGGUCAGAAUGAUCAUCUCUAUAAAAUGUAGGUCAAGUUCGAUAUUGGGUCAUCCGCGGUCAACAACUAGGUCACUAGGUCAAUUAGUACAAAAACCUUGUGAACACAAUAGAGGUCACAAUUUUAGCCUAAUCUCAAUGCAACUUGGUCAGAAUAAUCAUCUCUAUAAAAUCUAGGUCAAGUUCGAUAUUGGGUCAUCCGCAGUCAAUAACUAGGUCACUAGGUCAAUUAUUAGAAAAACCUUGUGAACACAACAGAGGUCACAAUUUUGACCUAAUCUUUAUGAAACUUGGUCAGACUGAUCAUCUCUAUGAAAUCUAGGUCAAGUUCGAUAUUGGGUCAUCUGGGGUCAAAAACUAGGUCAGUAGGUCAAUUAGUAGAAAUACCUUGUGAACACAUUAGAGGUCACAAUUUUAGCCUAAUCUCAAUGCAACUUGGUCAGAAUGAUCAUCUCUAUAAAAUUUAGGUCAAGUUCGAUAUUGGGUCAUCCGCGGUCAAUAACUAGGUCACUAGGUCAAUUAGUAGAAAAACCUUGUGAACACAAUAGAGGUCACAAUUUUAGCCUAAUCUCAAUGCAACUUGGUCAGAAUGAUCAUCGCUAUAAAAUGUAGGUCAAGUUUGAUAUUGGGUCAUUCACGGUCAAUAACUAGGUCACUAGGUCAAUUAGUACAAAAACCUUGUGAACACAAUAGAGGUCACAAUUUUAGCCUAAUCUCAAUGCAACUUGGUCAGAAUGAUCAUCUCUAUAAAAUCUAGGUUAAGUUCGAUAUUGGGUCAUCUGCGGUCAAUAACUAGGUCACUAGGUCAAUUAGUACAAAAACCUUGUGAACACAAUAGAGGUCACAAUUUUAGGCUAAUCUUAAUGCAACUUGGUCAGAAUGAUCAUCUCUAUAAAAUCUGGGUCAAGUUCGAUAUUGGGUCAUCUGCGGUCAAUAACUAGGUCACUAGGUCAAUUAGUACAAAAACCUUGUGAACACAAUAGAGGUCACAAUUUUAGCCUAAUCUCAAUGCAACUUGGUCAGAAUGAUCAUCUCUAUAAAAUGUAGGUCAAGAUCGAUAUUGGGUCAUCUGCGGUCAAUAACUAGGUCACUAGGUCAAUUAGUACAAAAACCUUGUGAACACAAUAGAGGUCACAAUUAUAGGCUAAUCUUAAUGCAAUUUGGUCAGAAUGAUCAUCUCUAUAAAAUCUGGGUCAAGUUCGAUAUUGGGUCAUACGCGGUCAAUAACUAGGUCACUAGGUCAAUUAUAAGAAAAACCUUGUGAACAAAAUAGAGGUCACAAUUUUAGCCUUAUCUUAAUGAAACUUGGUCAGAAUGAUCAUCUUAACAUAAGCUAGGGCAAGUUCCAUAUUGGGUCAACCCAGGUCAAAAACUAGGUCACUAGGUCAAUUAGUAGAAAAACCUUGUGAACACAAUAGAGGUCACAAUUUUAGCCUAAUCUCAAUGCAACUUGGUCAGAAUGAUCAUCUCUAUAAAAUGUAGGUCAAGUUCGAUAUUGGGUCAUCCGCGGUCAACAACUAGGUCACUAGGUCAAUUAGUACAAAAACCUUGUGAACACAAUAGAGGUCACAAUUUUAGCCUAAUCUCAAUGCAACUUGGUCAGAAUAAUCAUCUCUAUAAAAUCUAGGUCAAGUUCGAUAUUGGGUCAUCCGCAGUCAAUAACUAGGUCACUAGGUCAAUUAUUAGAAAAACCUUGUGAACACAACAGAGGUCACAAUUUUGACCUAAUCUUUAUGAAACUCGGUCAGACUGAUCAUCUCUAUGAAAUCUAGGUCAAGUUCGAUAUUGGGUCAUCUGGGGUCAAAAACUAGGUCAGUAGGUCAAUUAGUAGAAAUACCUUGUGAACACAUUAGAGGUCACAAUUUUAGCCUAAUCUCAAUGCAACUUGGUCAGAAUGAUCAUCUCUAUAAAAUUUAGGUCAAGUUCGAUAUUGGGUCAUCCGCGGUCAAUAACUAGGUCACUAGGUCAAUUAGUAGAAAAACCUUGUGAACACAAUAGAGGUCACAAUUCUAGCCUAAUCUCAAUGCAACUUGGUCAGAAUGAUCAUCGCUAUAAAAUGUAGGUCAAGUUUGAUAUUGGGUCAUUCACGGUCAAUAACUAGGUCACUAGGUCAAUUAGUACAAAAACCUUGUGAACACAAUAGAGGUCACAAUUUUAGCCUAAUCUCAAUGCAACUUGGUCAGAAUGAUCAUCUCUAUAAAAUCUAGGUUAAGUUCGAUAUUGGGUCAUCUGCGGUCAAUAACUAGGUCACUAGGUCAAUUAGUACAAAAACCUUGUGAACACAAUAGAGGUCACAAUUUUAGGCUAAUCUUAAUGCAACUUGGUCAGAAUGAUCAUCUCUAUAAAAUCUGGGUCAAGUUCGAUAUUGGGUCCUACGCAGUCAAUAACUAGGUCACUAGGUCAAUUAUUAGAAAAACCUUGUGAACAAAAUAGAGGUCACAAUUUUAGCCUUAUCUUAAUGAAACUUGGUCAGAAUGAUCAUCUUAACAUAAGCUAGGUCAAGUUCCAUAUUGGGUCAACCCAGGUCAAAAACUAGUUCACUAGGUCAAUUAGUAGAAAAACCUUGUGAACACAAUAGAGGUCACAAUUUUAGGCUUAACUCAAUUCAACUUGGUCAGAAUGAUCAUCUCUAGAAAAAUAUAGGUCAAGUCACAAGUUUUGCAUAGGCUUAUAUAGAACAAAAAACUUCUUGUCUAAACCAACAAGACAUUGGCAUUUUAUAUGUGGCAUAACCUAGUGGCCCGCUACCAAGAUUGUUCAAUUUUCAAUUUGUGCACCUGUGGUGAAAAGAGGCCUCACCCUGGGUGUCACAAGUUUUACAUAGGCUUAUAUAGGAAAAAACUUUAAAAUUUUCUUGUCUGAAGCCACAAGGACUAGGUCUUAAAUAUUUGGUUUAAAGCAUUGCCUACUGAUAGGGUCAUGUGGGGUAAAAAACUAGGUCAGUGGGACAAAUAAAAGAGUGGCCUCUAGGGGCCAUACUUUUCAUUGGAUCUUUAUGAUAAUAGGUCAGAAUGUUCACUUUAUUUAGCAAAGCUACAGGUGAGCGAUACAGGGCCAUCAUGGCCCUCUUGUUGUAGUCAUUAUGCACAGACUCGAUCAUUGUAAUGCUCAAGCCCCUACAUUGUAAUACAAGAUACAUUAUGAGAUACAUUUUCACAUACAACUUGAAAAUGGACCUUCAUAAAAGUACAAUGGGGUAUCUCAUUUGUUACUUUGCCUGACGCCAUCGUCAUAAUGAGAGAUUGUGUCAACCUUUAAGGUGUUCCUUUCCUAGUGUUCCAGUGUCUUUUAUCUGCUGAUUCUGUACAAUCAUAUUGGUGGAGUUCAAGGUCAAAUCUCAGUUCCCUUUACCUCGAACUAUUUCAGACCAGUGCAAUAGACCAUAUUUGAUAUUAUUUUGUCUGCCAAGUCAUUGUCAUACAUUUUUUAGCUUACACAAAAAUGUUUUAAUGGAUUUUUUACUAUUUGCCAGAAAGAUAUUUAAUCAGAUCUGCCUGAAGUUUAAAAUUUUAUUAUAUGAAGGCAAAACGAUGUGUUUUUCAAGCUGGUUAUCUUGAACACUCAAGUAAGAGUAGAUAUCUCAAACAAAAUAACCCUCUGGAUUUAGUAUUUUAGUAUAAUAGAUGUAUAUAAAUGUUUUAUUCUGUUAUUACUUGGAAUUGUUUUGGGGAAUAUCAUAUCAUUAUUUGUCAUGAACAUGUGCAUAAUAGAACAAUACAUUUAUGAUCUUACUCAUAUCAUUACAACGUUUACUAUAUUAUGUCUAAUGCAAAUACAAGUUAAACUAUUUA